UUGUGUUUUCAAGUGCAAAAUUAAUUCAACAACAAAUAUCAACAGAGAAUAUGCAAAUAUUCCACAGCUUCCCCAAACCAUAUCCAACGAUAUCCAUAUAAUAUAUAUGCAUAUAUACGUGUGUGCAUCAUUUUAACAAACUUGGCGCCCAAAUACUGUAAGCAAAACAAAAUAAAACAACUGAAACCGAAGGAUUUUCAACGCAUACACUUUUUUGGACUUGCUUCUGCAAUUAAGAAUCAAACAUAUUGUCUCACAUCGUGAGCUGGACCAAUUUAUACAACAACGAGAACAAAAAAUACAUAAUAAAAAAACCGAACAAUCCAAAACUCUACUCACCGACUCGUAGUCUUCUUAUACACACUCGUACUUUACAACGUCAUAUUCUUUUGAAUACACACACACACACACACACAACACUCAUACAUAUCGCUUGAAGGACGACAAGGAGUAGACGACUCUGUUCGAUUGAGGAUUGGAGUAAUUUGAUUCAUUGCCCCCUCCCCAACUGGCCAGAAGAGAUUUCAUUCAAGACGGCGCCGCUAAAGCCAAAAGCCUACAAAUUUGGUCAGAUGUUAUGUUGUGGCUUCUGCUGUGGCAACAUGUCGAAACGGGACUACAAAGUGGCCACCACAGAUGGCAUCGAGCUGGAGCCGUUGGGCGGCGAAAAGAGCGAUAAGGAAAAAGACAAGGAAAAGCAAACGAAUGGCGUCACCUUUGGUGGCGAAUCGAGCGGUGGUCGCCAGACGCGAACAGGAGUCGCUGUCUGCUCGCAGAGACGCGCCCUCCUCGUUGCCGGCAUCGUCCUUGGCUCCCUGCUGCUGACGGCCAUUAUCAUUGCCUACGCUGGACCGCAAAAUGACUGUUCGUGUGCGUCAAAAACGUCGACUGACUAUGAAACGGAUGAAGAAAACAACACACAGCCCUUCAAUCCGAUUGCAACGAACGGGGAACCCUUUCCCUGGCUGGAGAAGACGCUACCGAGCAGUGCGAGACCCAUGCGCUACAUGGUGACAAUACACCCCAAUCUAACAACACUGGACGUAAAAGGUCAAGUAACCAUCGAUCUGUACAUCGAGAAGGAAACCAACUUUAUUGUGUUGCACAUUCAGGAUCUGAAUGUAACGGAAAAGGCGCUGGUUACGCCCGGUCCCAAGGGUUAUGCCUUGAAGAUAGUCAAGGUAUUGGAAUUUCCGCCACGCCAGCAAUUGUACAUUGAGGUUAAAGAGAAGCUGAAGAAGAAAUCCAAUUAUACGUUGAAUUUGCGCUGGUAUUCCAAAUUGAAUCCCGAACCAGAGGGUUUCUAUGUGGAUCAGUAUGAGAGCUUCAAUGGCCGGGAACGCCUGCUGGCCGCCACAGUCUUCAGGCCGAAUGGUGCUCGUCGUGCCUUUCCCUGUUUCGAUGAGCCACACAUUCGUGCCCCCUUUCGUGUCUCCGUGUUUCGUGAUCGCUUCCACAUAGGUCUUUCCAACUCCAUUGUGCAUACCACAGAGGAUGUGGGCUUUUAUAUGGGCACUGGACUGCUACGCGAUGACUUUAUUGAGACACCACCACUGCCCGCCGAUGCCGUUGCCUGGGUGGUUAGCGAUUUCCAGCGGGAAUCGCUGCAGCCCUCUGCUGCAUACAUACCAACAACAAUGGCGCCAGCCACCGCUGGCAGUGGCAAGAAGCCAUCCCAGCUAAGCAACUACAGCCAAAUGAAGAGCAAGAAUCCACCGGUGCGGAAUAUCACUGCCCUGACGCACUCGCUCAAUGUGAAUCUGACGCCCUUCCAGAAUGUCAGCACCACGACGACAACAGUACUGCCCCUAAUUAUCAAUGGCAAUGGGAAACCCUCCAAUCUCACCUCGUUAUCACAGUCGACCAGCUCCUCGAUAAAAAGAGCACCCUCGUACACCUUCUAUGCGCCCAGAGAUUUACUGCAACGCUCCUCGUUUAUACUGCACACGUCGCGGGAUGUUUUAGAAUAUCUGCAGAAUUGGCUGGACAUCAGUUAUCCGUUGACCAAGGUCGAUUUUGUGGCACUGCCUUCACUGGAUCGCAAUAUGAUAUCGUCAUUGGGUUUGGUCACACUGAAGACAUCUUUCCUUACCGAUCCCAAUUCGAUUACCUCGGAGCAGAAUCAGUACAGUGCUCUUCGCAUUGCCGAGGCAAUGGUGCGUCAGUUCUUUGGUGGCAUCACCUCGAGGAAGGUGCUCAAGGAUGUGUGGUUGUGGGAGGGUCUCAUUCAGUAUCUGGGCAUCCAUGCACUGGCUCCCCUUCAAAAUAGUUGGCCACUGCGUGAGAUGUAUCUGCUAAAGAUGGCCACGGCUGCCUUGGAUAUCGAUGCCAUUCAGGGCUGGGAUAGUAUAAUGAACGGCACCCGGCACGAUGGCAACAACGAGGAGUUCUUUGUGCAGAAAACGGCUGCCAUUUUCUCCAUGUUGCACACGGCUAUCGGGGAGGAUCGCUUUCGAGGCUGUUUGGGCACGUUCCUCAAGCUGAAUCGUUUUAGGACCGCCGAGCCAACGGAUCUGUGGACCAUAUGCACCAAGAAGGCGAAUGGCUCCAAGAAUAUCAAGGACAUGAUGACAUUGUGGACACAUCAGCCGGGCUUUCCACUGCUCACCGUUACCAAAUUGGGCAACAGCAUUUCCAUAUCGCAGCGACCCUUUAAGCCCGCUGAGUUUCUGGCCAUACACGAUGACUCCUACGAUGGCAACAACUACAACAAGACAACGGUGAAUGCCACCGAUAUGCCCAGCACUGUGGCACCCACACAGGCCAGCAAGCACAAGAACGUGCCACAUCUCAAGUGGAUCUUCCCCGUCACCUAUGUGACGGACAUCAAUAACGUCAGUGAAACCCUCUGGAUGCAGAAUGUCGAUGUAACCUUCAAUGUGCCGGAGAAUGUGAAGUGGAUCAAAGUGAAUGCCAUACAGAAUGGCUAUUAUCGCGUUGUCUACAACGAUGACAACUGGGCUGGUCUCAUCGAGGAGCUGUCCAUUAAUCCCAGACGUUUCAGCAGCGAGGAUCGUCUUGGCUUGCUAUCGGAUGCAUUUACCCUGUGCCACGCCAAUCUGUUGCCCUGUGAGAUCACAAUGAACAUGAUUCAAUAUUUGCCAAGUGAGACGCAUUAUGGUCCCAUGGCAUUGGCUGUACGGCAUUUGGAGAAGUGGCGUCGCAUCCUCAAGUAUUCCGAGUGUUUCCUCAUGCUCAGCGAGUUUAUCAAAAUGAAAAUAUCCACGGUUAUGGAAAAGGUUGGCUGGAUCGAUGAGGGCGAUGUGGCAACCAGACUCAUGCGACCUGAGGUGCUGCUGUCCUCGGUGCUGUGGGAGGAUAUUGACAGCAUCACCAAGGCGAAGAAUAUGUUGAAUCAAUAUUUGUAUUACAAUGGAUCCGGCAUAUCGCCCAAUUUGCGAGAGGUGGUCUACACGGGCUCCAUAUUAUCCGGUGAGUACAUCUAUUGGCAGCACUGCUGGGAACGCUUUGUGACGCUGCAGCGCACCUCGGAGACAUUUGUGGAGCGGAUGCAACUGUUGCGGGCAUUGGGACGGACCAAGGAUGCCUGGCUGCAGAAUCGCCUGCUCUCACAUGUCACAAUGCUGCCCACCGAGGAGGUGGUGCAGGUGCUCAAGGCCAUUGCGGGCACGCCCACCGGCGGGGCGAUGGCCUGCCGCUUUCUGCAGGCCAAAUGGUUUGAGCUGGAGAAGCGCCUGGGACCGGGCACCAUUAGCUUUGCCAAAGUGAUAUCGGCCAUAACACAAUAUGGCGCCACGAAAUUCGAUUACGAUGAGCUGAAAUCCUUGGUACACCGUUUCGGGCGUGGCCAGGGAAUGUCUGUGCUGAACAUGACGCUGAGCAGUGUUGCCUCGAAUGUGGAAUGGGUGGCAAGAUCACAGACAGCGCUGUACAAAUGGGUGGAAAGUAAUUUGCAUUCGCAUCGAUAGAGGAUUUCAUUUAGAAACAAACAAUUAAACGAACAAACAAAGAACAAAUAUAUCUAUUCGAUUUUAGUUAAUUAUGUUCUGUGGUCUUGGGAGUGCAUACAGCUCCCAACUCAUUUGUAAUUAUGUUCCUCGCAAACAAACACAAAAAAGAAGAAAAAUGCAUACAAAAUAAUCAUAACGCGUAUUUCUAGUUUCUGGAGUUAUAAGCAUAAACGAGUAAUUACUAUAAUGAAAUAAUAAUAACCAUAUCAUUGCCAUACCAUACCGUAAACUUGCCAUUUUGCGAUUACCCAUUCAAAUGGGUCUUGAGAUCUCCAUUAAAGUAUGUUGUAUGUUGUGUUUUUGGUUGAUUCUUCCUACUUGAGAUUUAGUUACACACACACACAUGAAAAUUCAACUGUAAAUUAAGAAAGAAAAACAA